AUGCCCCCGGGCCCGUUGCCUGGCAGGUGACAUGCCAGUCCCUACUCCCAGGUGGCUUUUUGGCCCAGGUGGGCCAGCCUGGGGGUGAGGGCAGGAGCAAAGCCCCAGCUACCCCUCCUCGGUCAGUGGGACCCAAGGCUUUGGGAGGCAGGAGUGGGUGUCCCCCAACCUUCAGAUGUCCUAGAGUGUCCAGGAGUGGGGGCUGGUCACCUUGGGGAGAGGCCAGGGGCUUGGCAGAAGGGGUGGCCUGGGCCUGUUUCUUCUACUUGUUCUUCUUUUGACCCCCGCCUAUGUCCCGUCAUCCCCCCUUUGAACAAAAUUUCUGUUCCUGUUCCCUGUGUCCCCACCCCGUCCCCCAAGAGCAUAAGCUAUCAUUGUUGUAUUUGCAAUCUAUGGACUAGAGGUUUAACUAUUUAUUACUAUUGGUUAAUUAUUAUUAUUAUUAUUGAUUAUGUAAAUUUGCCUCCUGUCUGUCUAUCGCGUUGUGUUCCUGAGGUGACCCCGGGUGUGGAGGAUGCACUGGUCCCCACUCCGCGCCCUACCCCUAAGCUGUCCAGGAGACAGUGCUCAGGGCCGCUGGUUGGGCCCCACCACCCUGGGGGCGGGUCCCACGGCCCGUUCUCCCCGCCCUCUGUCCUUGUCCAGGGCUGGAGCCGCUGUGGCUUCUGUCCUGGGGCGCGUGGGGGCUGUUGCUCAUGAGACGCUGGUCGAAGUGAGCAGCUGUGAUGAGAGAAGGUCCCGUCUCGGCCGCCCCCUGCCCCCCAUGCUGGCGGCACUGGGCACCGGGCAAGAGCCCCUCCCUGGUCACUUCCACCCACUGUCCCAGGCAGGGAGGGGAGGGGGCAGGGCCCCAGCUCUCUCCAAGUCUCUCUUGGCCCUCCCACCCCUCCUGCCGGCCCAGUGCCCCGGCAUCAGGGGUCCCCCAGAAUGGACCCGGCCCCCUCCUAUUAUUUGCUGGAAAGUCCAGCGGAGGAGAGGUGGCAGGUCCCCCCGCAUGGCUCCCGGUCCCUCUGGACGGGGCUGCCCCACCUCAGAACCCCUUCCCAGCGCGGCCGCUCUCUCAUCCCUGUCCUGUCCCCUUCUUUUGUAUUUGGAAACGACGUGUUGUAAUAAAUCCUGAGAUGGAUGUUUUC